CAGACGACCUUGGUGCCUUUAUUAAGGCCGCUUUUCCCGGCAGCAUCUCCUGCCCGGCUCACUGCAGUUUAUCAAUUUCAUUGCGACCCGCGACACCCGAUCUUCUGAACAAUGUUUCAGACCUUCACCGGAAGCUCGCGCAAGGUGCGAAACGUCAACCUUAGCGGCCAGAAACCGAAAAAUCCAUUCACCGGCUCGUCAUCAUGGACACCUGCUGUCGAAGCCGCCGGUGCCUCGAAAACGGUUGCGCAUGCCCAGGCUGAGAGGCUGCAGAGGCAACAGGAGCGCAGCCGGCUGAAGGCUGCGCAGUGCAUCCAAAGGGUAUGGAGGGGUCAUCGGGUAAGGCGUGUUCUGAGAAGCUCGCGGCGCCAGACCAUCGAUCAGCUGUACGCUGCGACAGGGCUGGUAGACCCUGGGCAGAGGGCGGCAGAGGCGGCACCCUUGGUCCUAGGAGUAUAUCAGAGCUCCAAUGCAGAGGACCAGCAGCGCCUAUGUUGGCUGGCCCGUGAUCUUCUCCAGAGCAGGUUCUCCGCGUUCGCCCAGGGGGCCAUUGAGCCGCCUCGCCUGAGCAAGCUGGCUCGGAUAGUGGUUUCGGGCCUAUGCCAACUCGAUCCCAACAUCGCCCCUCCGCAAGUGAAGAUCCUCUUAGCGGCCAUCGUUGAGAUCACAACAGCGAGACCUCAAGCAGUUCAGCCCGUGCUGGGCGAGUACUACAGCGUGCUUGGGCGAUACUGCCGCAUCCUUGGUCCAACGUCCGAGUUGGCUAGCUCCGUCCGGAGCGCAGUGUGUGCGCCACUAACUGCUGAGAAUGCUCCCGAUUCAUUCAUCCAGACAGCCUAUGGAGAAUUCGCCACCUCCUUCUUGACCCAGCCUGAUAUCUCUCUGUUUGAGUCCGACGUUGGCUCUUUUGGCGCCAACGUGGAUGUCGACCGUCUGUCGGUUUCUCUAGACGCCAGGAGAAUUGAGACAUCUGGGUCGCAGGCGGAUCUCAUGUGGCUUCUGGCGCACUUCAUCGUGCUACAGAAGACGAGAAGACAGCUGGCAUUGCAUUCUCAUUCUCUCCGAGUUCUUUACUCGCUCCUGUCUGUGUUGUCAAACCAGAUCCGGGAAGCUUUUCCCGCAUCCGACUUAAAGCCCUCUUCCGCGGCCUCUGAAAUUGAAGAAGGCGUGCAGCCAAUGCUGCCACCAUAUGUUUCCAGCCAUCUCGCCUCGUUGACAGACAAAGACGAGAUCACCGGGGUCCUUGAAAAGUUCACAUCGGAGCGCGGUGCAACUUCUUCCUCGGAGCUUGAGGAUGUGGGUCUCCUCGCUGGCUACAUUCUCAUCUUAAUUUACUGCUUCCCGGCUCAUGGCGACGAAAUCCGGAUGCGGCUGUACCUCGCAGAUAUUCCUACCGCUCAGGGCCCACUUCCCGCUAUCAAGUUCUUCUGGAACGCGCUCAGCAGGACGUCAAUAUUCUCUCGGAUUGCUUCUGAUGCCGAUGCCGCCCUGUCAAUUCUGCGGCAAAGGCCCUCAUCAGACGCUAAUUCCCCCUGGCACCGAGAAUGGAGGACGAUACUGCUUUUCCUCGAGCUUUAUGUGUUCAUCCUCCGACUAACUGAUGAUGAUGAUUUUUUCAGCGUUCUGAAGGUCCCGAUGAGUAUCGAGGACUCCGGAUCGCGAUUGCGGUCGAGCGGCCUGAAUCUGCAGGAGCUGAAGCGUUUCACGCUCUUCCUAAAGCAUCUGGGCUUCACGCUUUACUACAAUGCCGCCGAUCUGCUUACGGCGGCGCCAGAUCCUCCCACUACGCUGAACGCCGCGACCGAAUCAUCAGCUCGGUUUAAAAGCGCCGCAGGCAACAGUCGAGUCGGGGGUGCGCCGUCGCUUGCGCUGACCGCUGGCGUCGGGUUGGACGCCCUCAGAAGCAUGGUUACGACCGCAACGAGGAUGCUCUACGAACGAGACUCUCGACGCCCGUUCCUGCCGCAGAACCACUGGCUAAUGACCGCAAAGCUCAACAUGGACGAGUUUCUGACCGCAGUAGUCCUGGAAGAGCAGCGGCAGCGAGAACAAGGCGAACCCGAAGACGACGAUGAGGACGACGGACAGGAUGCAGAAGAAUUGCCGACCGGUCUGCCAUCGGCCGGUUCGAGGCUGUCUCGCCAAGCGCAGUUGGCACGGAACAGCGUGUUACAGAAACGAGCUGCGCGAGAUAAUCUCAGGGCGCUUUCCGGGCCCAGGCUAGAGAUCCUGCGGAACAUGCCAUUUGUCAUCCCUUUCGAUGUGCGCGUCCAGAUAUUUCGACAGUUUGUACAUCUCGACAAGCACUGGAGACGAGGAGGCAAUAUCGACCCGGACAGGUGGAGGUUGUGGGUGCUCAAUCAGCACGGCGGGCCGUUUGAGCCCUCUCCGUCAGCCGCAAACAUUCUCGGCAAACACCAGGCACAGAUUCAGAGAGGCCGGGUCUUCCGGGAUGCGCUCGAGUCCUUCUGGGACCUGAAGGAAGGGCUGAAGGAGCCGAUACAGAUCACCUUUGUGGAUGAGUUUGGCAUGACGGAAGCUGGAAUCGACGGGGGUGGCGUGACCAAGGAAUUCCUCACGAGCGUGACGACAGAAGCGUUCGCGCCGGAGCGGAGACUCUUUGUGGCCAACAGCAAGAAUGCGUACUACCCAAAUCCCAGCGACAUGGACCAGCUUAAGCACUAUCUCCGGGAAGCUCACGUCGCCGAGGGGUCGGAAGAGUGGACCGAAGCCAUUGUCUAUCGCCUCCGCGAAUAUGAGUUCCUCGGCAGGAUCAUCGGCAAGUGCAUGUACGAGGGCAUCCUGAUCGAUAUCGUCUUUGCAGGAUUCUUCCUCCUUAAGUGGGCGUCCCCGGCCGGCGCGCCCGACACGUACCGCGCCAACAUCAACGACCUCCGCGAGCUCGACGAAGAACUCUACCAGGGCAUGCUGCGGCUGAAGAACUACCCGGGCGACGUCCGCGAUCUCUCGCUCGACUUCACCAUCACGGACCAGAUCUCGCGCCCCAGCGAGCCGGUCCGCACGGUCACUCGCAACCUCGUCCCCGACGGCGAGAAUGUGGCGGUGACCAACGAAAACCGGCUGCACUACAUCAUUCGCGUGGCGCACCACCGGCUGGUCGUCCAGCCGUACGCGCAGACGCGGGCGUUCCUCCGCGGGCUGGGCACGAUCAUCGACCCGGCGUGGCUGAGCAUGUUCAAUCAGAGCGAGCUGCAGCGGCUGGUCGGCGGCGACAGCUCCGAGAUCGACGUCGAGGACAUGCGCCGCCACACCGUCUACAGCGGCGCCUACUCGAUCGGCGACGACGGCCAAGAGCACCCCACCGUCCGCCUCUUCUGGGAGGUCAUGCACGGCCUCGAGGACCGCGAGCGCCGCGACGUCCUCAAGUACGUCACCAGCACCCCGCGCGCCCCGCUGCUCGGCUUCGCCCAGCUCAGCCCCCCCUUCAGCAUCCGCGACGGCGGCCUCGACCAGGACAGGCUGCCCAGCGCCAGCACCUGCGUCAACCUGCUGAAGCUGCCGCAGUACACCAGCGCGGCCGUGCUGAAGCGGAAACUGCUCUACGCUGUCACCAGCGGCGCCGGGUUUGAUCUCAGUUGAGGGGUGAGAUGGUGGGGAAUCUGGGGCGUUUGCAGGGAGUAGGGAGUUGGGAGUAGGAGAAGACGCAAGGUAUUUACUCUAUCUGGCAUGUAAAUGGAUGUGCAGUCAUACAUAGCAAAUGUUAGCACUGCA